AUGGAUAACAAUGACGGACUUUCGGUUGUCCCAACAACGAAUAUCGACGAUACUAAGCCCCCUGGUUCUCAACAAUCGAUUACGCUUUCUGGAUCAAGUGGAACUUCGACUUUGGCUUCUAAAAAUAAUGUUCAACUCCAAUCGCCCGGGAGUGCAGCUUAUGGUGGAUUUCAUUCUUUUGACGUCGCUUCAACUUCCCACGCUGAGAACAUGCAAUCAUCAGGAAAUCCAGGUAUGGGUUCUCAUUCACAUACUAACUUUGGCAUGAACGCUAAUUCAGUGGCUUAUCAGCCUAGAGCAAAAUUACCUAAACUAGUGUUACCGAAAUUUAGAGGAGAAAUUACGCAAUGGCAAGGUUUCUGGGACAGCUUUAACAGCGCCAUACACGCCAAUCCUCAUUUGAGUUUAAUCGACAAAUUUAAUCACUUGCAUUCACUGUUGGAGGGACAGGCAGCAAGAGCGAUUCAAGGGCUAACUAGAACUGAGGCCAACUACAAGUCUGCCAUCGAGAUAUUACACAAACGCUUCGGCAGAGUGCAGAACAUAAUAUCGACUCAUAUGGAUGAAAUGCUUAAAAUUCCAGCAUGUACUAGCGAUAAAGCGGCCCAACUUCGUCUCGUUUAUGACAAAAUCAGCAUUAACAUAAGAGGUUUGGAAUCGUUGGGUGUAAGUUCUCACCAGUAUGGGAGUUUAUUGAUUCCUGUGAUCAUGUCAAAGCUACCUCAUGAAAUUAGAAUUCAAGUAGCUAGAAAUACCGCGACGGAGGUGUGGGAGAUGUCCGACCUGUUAGAAGUGAUCCGUCAGGAAGUUGAGGCACGCGAGAUUAGUGAAGGUGUGAAGACCAACGUGAGCCUUGAGAAACUCCACCCUAAUCAUCAUAAAACGCCGACCACAAAUGCGCUUUUGUCUCAAGAUGGCAAACGAUUUUCGUCUUCGGGAAAUCAAAUUAAAUGCGUUUAUUGUGGUGGAUUACAUUACUCUGCUUCAUGUGAAAAUGUGAGUGACCCUCUUGCUCGUUUCGAAAUCCUGAGAAAGAGUCGAAGAUGCUUCGUUUGUUUGAAACCUGAUCACCAUGGUGGCUCAUGCAAAAGGAACUGUCGACGAUGUCAGGGCCAUCAUCAUCAGUCGAUUUGCCGAAAAUUUGUGCCAAAGAACCCCGAUCACAGCCCCGAUACGUCUGGUUUGAACGAUCACAAUUCAAGGGAAGGACAAAACUCGACUCUUGUGAGUCACACCAGAGAACCAAUUACGAUUGAAAUAGACCACGCAACAAAACCUGAAGAAGGAAAUGAAACUCCAUCCUUGGGGAGCACUGUAACCGCAACGUCGACCGCGAGGGCCAAGGGGAGCAUUUUGUUACAAACUGCUACCGCGAUAGCUACAAACGAAGACCGAUCCAAGUCCAUUCCCGUACGAAUUUUGUUCGACAAUGGCAGCCAACGUUCAUACGUCACCGACCACAUCAAAGCGAAGCUGGGUUUAACUGCAACGUCCACUGAGACCCUUCACCUUAACACCUUUGGUGAAAACGCUUAUCGUAAACAAAAAUGUCAAGUUGUUACUUUCCCACUAAGAAGCAAUAAAGAUGAGUACUUGGAGAUUUCAGCGCUUAAUUUUCCAGUCAUUUGUUCGCCACAUCCUAAGACAAUAGACGUCACCAAAUAUCCACAUUUGAUAGAUUUAGAUCUAGCAGACCGUUCUGCGAUCGACCUAGACUAUAUUGACAUUCUCAAUGGCUCAGAUUAUUACUGCGACAUUGUAACGGGAGAAUCAAUCCGCGGUGAAUUUGUUCCCACAGCCAUCAACAGCAAGUUUGGUUGGCUUCUGUCAGGUCCUGCCGAAGAGCAACAUGUCCAUGAAAUUUCCAAUGUCGUCUCGAAUCUUAUCAUCUCUGGUAAACCAUUGUAAAACGAAACGAAUGAAGCUGACGAGAUCACGAAUAUGCUGAAAAUGUUCUGGGAAACCGAAAGCAUCGGAAUCACAGACGACAUCGAAUUCGCAACUCAUAUGCUACUUAAAGCUAAGCGAA